CUCAGAUCACCCCCAGAUAUGAUGCCCCUCCCGCAGCCAUCUCGACCCUCUUCUGUGGGGUCCCCUUGGAGCCCCAAGAGCAGGAGGCCAAAGGCAGCGCCGUCCCCUCCUCUUCCCAUCCCAACACAGGGGGAGGCUGCUCUGCGGAAGUAGCUUUACGGGCAAGCGCAUCCCAAAAGGAACCGGAAGUGUCGCUGCUAAAUGUGCCGGAAGUUUCCAGGCCGGAAGGGGGGCCAGAAGGAAAGUUGGGGAGGGAAGGAGGGGCGUCACUGCAGACCCCCCCCCAAAACCCCUUUCUAUUGCGCAUAAGGAAAGCGGAAUAAUCUGGAGCCAGGAAGGCGGAGGAGCAGAGAGGACCAAGAGGACUUUAUUUUCCACGUGCUCCAAAGCAAGCAGUGGAGAAGACAUUUCAGGGUAUGGAGUGUGGAAAAAACUUCACUGGUAGCAGAACACUUAGAAACCAUCAAUGGACUCACACGGGAGAGAGACCAUUUAAAUGCAUGGAGUGUGGAAACAGCUUCAGUCAGAGUAGUAACCUUAUAAACCAUCAACGGACUCACACAGGAGAGAAACCAUUUAAAUGUAUAGAGUGUGGAAAGAGCUUCAGUAGGAGUGACAACCUUAGAAUUCAUCAACGGAUUCACACGGGGGAGAAACCAUUUAAAUGCAUGGAGUGUGGAAAGAGCUUCAGGCAGAGUCAAGAACUUAGAAUUCAUCAAUGGAUUCACACAGGAGAGAAACCAUUUAAAUGUAGAGAGUGUGGAAAGAGUUUCAGUAGAAGUGGAACACUUAGAAUUCAUCAACGGAAUCAUACUGGGGAGAAACCAUUCCAAUGCAUGGAGUGUGGAAAGAGCUUCACUGACAGUGGAACUUUAUCAAUUCAUCAACGGAUUCACACUGGGGAGAAACAAUUUAACUGUAUAGAGUGUGGAAAGAGCUUCAGUUCAAUUGAUACACUUAGAAUUCAUCAAAGGAUUCACACCGGGGAGAAUCCAUUUAAAUGCAUGGAGUGUGGAAAGAGCUUCAGUAGGAGUGGACAUCUUAGAAUUCAUCAAAGGAUUCACACUGGGGAUAAACCAUUUAAAUGUAUGGAUUGUGGAAAGAGCUUUAGUGCGAAUGGCAACCUUAAAAACCAUCAACGGAUUCACACUGGGGAGAAACCAUUUAAAUGCAUGGAGUGUGGAAAGAGCUUUAGUACGAAUGGCAACCUUAAAAACCAUCAACAGAUUCACACAGGAGAGAAACCAUUUAAAUGUAUGGAGUGUGGAAAGAGCUUCAGUCAGAGUGGACACCUUAGAAACCAUCAACGGACUCACACAGGGGAUAAACCAUUCCAAUGCAUGGAGUGUGGAAAGAGCUUCACUAAUAGUGGAACAUUUAGAAGACAUCAACGGAUUCACACUGGGGAAAAACCAUUCCAAUGCAUGGAGUGUGGAAAGAGCUUCACUGACAGUGGAACUCUUAGAAAACAUCAACGGAUUCACACUGGGGAGAAAACAUUUAAAUGUAUAGAAUGUGGAAAGAGCUUCAGUUCAAGUGAUACACUUAGAAUUCAUCGAAGGAUUCACACUGGGGAGAAACCAUUUAAAUGUAUAGAGUGUGGAAGGAGCUUUAGUGUAAGUGGAACACUUAGAAAACAUCAACGGAAUCACACUGGGGAGAAACCAUUUAAAUGCAGAGAGUGUGGAAAGAGCUUCAGGCAAAGUGGAACACUUAGAAUUCAUCAACGGAUUCACACUGGGGAGAAACCAUUUAAGUGUAUGGAGUGUGGAAUGAGCUUCAGUGAAAGUGGAUCACUUAGAGUUCAUAAACGGAUUCACACUGGGGAGAAACCAUUUAAAUGUAUGGAGUGUGGAAAGAGCUUUAGUGCAAGUGGAACACUUAGAAAACAUCAACGGAUUCACAUGGAGUGUGGAAAUAACUUCAGUUCAAGUGGAACACUUAGAAAACAUCAACGGAAUCACACUGGGGAGAAACCUUUUAAAUGUAGAGAGUGUGGAAGGAGCUUUAGUGUAAGUGGAACACUUAGAAAACAUCAACGGAUUCACACUGGGGAGAAACCAUUUAAAUGUAGAGUGUGUGGAAGGAGCUUUAGUGUAAGUGGAACACUCAGAAUUCAUCAACGGAUUCACACUGGGGAGAAACCAUUUAAAUGUAGAGAGUGUGGAAAGAGCUUCAGGCAAAGUGGAACACUUAGAAUUCAUCAACGGAUUCACACUGGGGAGAAACCAUUUAAAUGUAGAGAGUGUGGAAAGAGCUUCAGGCAAAGUGGAACACUUAGAAUUCAUCAGCGGAUUCACAUGGAGAGUGGAAAGAGUUUUAGUCCAAGUGGAACACUUAGAAAACAUCAACGGAAUCACACUGGGGAGAAACCAUUUAAAUGUAGAGAGUGUGGAAAGAGCUUCAGGCAAAGUGGAACACUUAGAAUUCAUCAACGGAUUCACACUGGGGAGAAACCAUUUAAAUGUAUAGAGUGUGGAAGGAGCUUUAGUGUAAGUGGAACACUUAGAAAACAUCAAUGGAUUCACACAGGAGAGAAACAAUUUAAAUGUAGAGAGUGUGGAAAGAGCUUCAGGCAAAGUGGAACACUUAGAAUUCAUCAGCGGAUUCACAUGGAGAGUGGAAAGAGUUUUAGUCCAAGUGGAGCACAUAGAAAAUAUCAGUAGACUCUCAAAGGGCAGAGACCAUUUCAAUGUAUGCAGUGUGCAAAGAAGUUCACUGAUAGUGUAAAACGUAGAAGACAUCAACAAGCUCAGACAAGAGAGAAAUUAUGUAAAUUUUAGCAAUAUAGAAAGAGUUUCAAUCAAAGUUUAAGUCUUUUAUGUAUUGAAAUGAAGGUAGCAUCUUCCAAUAGUAAGGAUAAUCAUAGAAUCAUAGAGUUGGAAGGGCAUUUAUGGGUAUGUCCGUAGCAAAAGGAAGAACAAGGAAACUCUUAGUAUUUUGAAGUGUCAGGCAUAGCUCUAGUGGCUUUAGCCCAAACCUAGCAGAGUUUUUCUGCACACCGCAGAAGUUAGUUGAGGUGGAAAUGACUAGUUGGCUAGACGCAGAAUAACUAUUUACAGGACUUAUUAAAAGAAAAUAAAACCAGCAGUUUUCUGCAAACAAAGCAAAGCAAAAUAAAUCCUUACUCUCUACGCAGCACUCCUACUCCUAACACCCACAAGAAACAACUGUGCUAGCAUUCCUAGAUAACAGAGUUCAGUGCUGGUCAUUAACCAAUGAGAGAGUUGUUGUCAGGUCAGGCAGACCUUGGCUUUCUGCCAAGAGUAAAUUGACACUGCCUUGAGUUAAUUGUGUGAAGCAAGAAUCUGUAAGUUUCCCAUGAGAACCAAUUAUCAGAAACCGAACAGAAACAGUGUGGUCACUUAAAGGAGAAGAUGCUGAAAUGUGAACAGGGGACAGAGAAAGGGCAGAGCCCCUCAAUACCUUCUUUCUGAAGACUUAAUGCAGCUGGCCCUCUUUUGGGAGUACAACUCCCAUCAUCCCUGACCACUGGACCUGUUAGCUAGGGAUGAUGGGAGUUGUAGUCCCAAAACAUCUGGAGGGCUGAGUUUGAGGAUGCCUGACUUAAUGUGUGUGAAUCUGGAGUGGUGGGGAUGAGUGAUGAUGAGAUGAGAGAAAGCUGGAUUUUGGUUUUUGUGAAAGAAUUGGAAAUGUUUGAAGUUGGGAAUGAAGAGUUGUGGGAAUGAAACUCAAUGGGGUGCAGAAUGCUGCAGCGAGGCUCCUCACGGGGUCCCUGCCAUGGGAGCCUAUUCACCCAGUGCUUUUCCAGCUUGUCUGGCUCCCGGUGGAGUACAGGGUCAGAUUUAAGGUGCUGGUCUUGACCUUUAAAGCCCUUUACGGCCCAUGACCCUUGUACUUAUGGGACCGUCUCUCCCGGUAUGCCCCGCGGAGGACCUUAAGGUCCAUAAAUAGUAACACCUUAGAGGUCCCGGGCCCGAAGGAAAUCAGAUUAGUCUCAACUAGAAGCAGGGCCUUCUCAGCACUGGCCCUGACCUGGUGGAACGCUCUGUCUCCUGAGACCAGGGCCCUGCGGGACCUGAUUUCUUUCCGCAGGGCCUGUAAGACAGAGUUGAUCCAGCUGGCAUUUGGGCCUGGAGCCAACCAUGAUCCCCUCCCCCUUUUCCUUCCAUAUGAGGCUGCAUUUUUAAUUUUAACGUAUUUAGUCUUGUUCUUCAGUUGUAUUUUAAUCAGUUGUUUUAUAUCUAGUGUUAGCUGCUCUGAGCCCGGCCUUGGCUGGGGAGGGCGGGGUAUAAAUAAAAAAGGAUUAUUACUAUUAUUAUUAUUAUUAUUAUUAUUAUUAUUAUUAUUAUUAUUAUUAUUAGCAGCAGUAUAUAUGGCCUGCCCAUCUGGCUGGAUUUUCCCAGCCACUGUAGACAGCUUACAGGUGAUUAAAAACCAUGGAAAAAACCAUCACGCAUAAAAAACCUCCUGAUAAAGGGCUGCCUUGGUGAAACCAAUAUAUGAGCUAGAUGCAUGACAUGCAAUGCAAGAUAUGUCAAACCUUGAUUUGUUAUAAUUGUACAGUCAUACCUCAUGUUACGAAUGCUGCGGGUUGCCUACGACACAGGAUACGUCUGUGCCGAACCCAGAAGUUCCGGAACGGGUUACUUCCGGGUUCGCCGGUGCGCGCAUGCGCAGACACGACAAAUGACGUCAUGCACAUGGGCGGAAGCGCUGAAUCGCACCAUGCACAUGCGCAGACGCGGCACUUCAUGUUGCGUACUGCUUACGUUGCGUACAGGGCUCCGGAACGGAUGCUGUACGCAACAUGAGGUACCACUGUAAUUAUUUGUCGUUAGGCGGGUCAAUUAUAAAUGGAAUGUAAUAGUGAUGUUUAUUUUUGUAUUUCCUUUAUUACUGUGGAAUUUCCAAAAGAAAGCAUUUGUAAAAAUUAAAAGAAAAAUAAACAACAACAACAAACAAAGGCUUGACAUAUCUUGCUCAUAUAUCUAUCUCAUAUAUUGGUUUCACUUUUAAGUUGCAUUACUGAAAUCAACGAUUUUCUAAUUUUCCAAUUUGUGUGUUUGUGUUUGUGUGUAUAUUCUCCCACCCCCAGAGGCUGGGUCCAUCUCUAUGCUUCACAAGAUGAUCUUGCAGUGCAAACUUGGGCGGGGGUGGGACACCCACUUUGCAGCUGGCUUGCCUGGAUCAGCCCCUCCCCCCCACUCUACUAAUCCCCAGAAUGAAGGGGGAGGGGGGAGCCCUUCCCUACUCUUCUGAUGUGGGUUGUGUGAAGCACCAAACCAUUAUCCCACAGGAUCCACCCGUGGAUCCCAUAUCUGUGGGAACAGAGGAGAGAAACAGAACAGCCCACCCGCCUCUCCUAAAAUGCCUCACCAGAGCAAUACAUCUGCUCUUCCUGAGACUGGAGUGAGUGAGGGGGGGAAGAGGAAGAAAAUGGGCAGAGACCCCCCUCCAAAUGCAGUGUGCAUGAAUGCAUUUCUUCUGGCAGGGAGAACAAUCCACAGGGGAGGGGUGUGUUUCAGCAAGGUCAGGAUGUGACCCAGUCAGCCUGGCCAGACCUCCAUCAUGAUUUGGCUGUGUUGUCUGGAUCAUGCCUUAACAUCCUCAAGGAAGGAUUCAUUCUUUUCUGGUAUCUUUAUCUGGUGGUUUCCCGCCUCUCCCUAAGUUGUACCUUAUUUCUGUGCCUCAUUAAAAUAAAUUAAUGCAAAUUGAAGGAGUUGUCCAGCUAUUUCUUCUCCCCCCACCUGCUGUGCAAUCUUCUGUCUUCCGGCUGCCGAGAUCUCUUUGGAUCUGCUGGUCGCCCAGUGGAAGACAAGCGGGAUUCUUUUUGGAGACCAUCUGUCUCCCCAGAGGACAUCCUGCUGGCGUGAGACACUCGGGGCUCGUCCACACUUGGCUCCUCCACUUCUCCCCUCUUUACAGCUGAAUCGGAGCAAACCGCAAUCGGGUUCUCCAAUCUACACAGAUUGCCAUUUGCUGCCAUUCAGCAGUGAGGAGAUUUUGCCAGGGGAACCGGAUGGGCAAACAAACAACUGCUGUGGCCUUUGAUUCCUGGGCUGGGGGCAAGCAGCAGCGUGGACAGGAUACUCGGCCACAAUCCCCGGCUGGCCAGGUGCCCCCAGGAAGAAGCCAAAAAGCAGGAUCCAAGCUCAAGAGCAAGCGGCUAUGUGAAUAGACUAUGCGACUAUGGGAGACCUAGGGAGCCGAACAUGAGCCCCAGAACCCUCUUCUCUCCCUGGGUUUCCAGCAACUGAUAUUCAAAAGCGUUGCCGCCCUCAACUGUGGAGGCAGAGUAGAGCCAUCCUGGCUAAUAUCCAUCGAUAGCAGUCUCCUCCAGGAAUUCAUAGAACUCUUGUCUUUUAACAUCUCAUACAUUCUCCCAUGUCCUCUCUCUGUCAUAGAAUCAUAGAGCUGGAGAGUUGGAAGGGACCCCAGGGCAGUUGUGUAGUAAGGCCAGGUGGCACCCGGUGCAUUUUUUUUGUCAACCCCCCCCCAAUUGAAAUUAUUAAAAGGAGGAAAAAUAAUAUACAGUUGCAAUUUGUAUUUUCUGGUUUAUUAUUUACAUUUUGAGCAUAAGCACUUAAAAGCUCCCCCCCCCAACUUUGUUCUCUGCAAAUUUUGAAAUCAAAUCAUCCAAAUCCAUUCCUUUCACUUUCGUCUGAAAUAAACGCCCCCUCUCCUUCCUUAUCCAUCUCCUCUCCUCUACACAGCAUCAAGUUCAGCCACGUCCCGUUGUGUUUGUUGACAGAACUAAAAAGUUUCAAUAUCAUGUUGAGGUAAAUCAAUUGUCAGAUGAAGUUAUUAAACUCAUUUUAAAUAAUUUCCCCCCACAAAGUGUCGUGAGCCCAAAUUUAUUUAAAAAAACACAUAUUUUUGCCAUUUUGUCACACACACACCGUGAUGACACCUGGGGAGGCUUGCACCCCCCUUCCUGUGCCACUGGCAAGAGCAUUGGUUCUUUAACUAAAAUGUCAUUUUUCUAGGUGCUAUUGGAAGAAACUGGUUUUCUGUAUCCAUUUCAAUGGGGGUUUAGGGCCGGUUUUGGCCCAGAAACUAUUUUGGUCGCCCUUAUGAUGACCUAUGGUGCUGGAGGAGACACUUGAGAGACUCCAAUACUUUGGCCACCUCAUGAGAAGAGAAGACUCCCGGGAAAAAGACCCUGGUGUUGGGAAAGAUUGAGGGCACUAGGAGAAGGGGACGACAGAGGACGAGGUGGUUAGACAGUGUUCUCAAAGCCACCAACAUGAGUCUGACCAAACUGCGGGAGGCAGUGGAA